GCUGUUUAUUAUGUAUCGCAGAGCAUAGCCCUUUUGGUAACUACAUAUGACGUGUUGUUUUAUUACGUUUAUCCUUAAACAUCUUGAAGACGGACCUGAGAAACAGACAUUAUUAUUAAAAGACAUGGGCAAAUAUGCAAUAAAUUUAUUGAGACUUUAACAAACAAAACAGCUAGUGAAAAAAAUUAAUCGUGUAAGUAUAUUGUUAACAAUUGAUGACAAUUCUCGUUCUGAGCUACCAAAGUAAUCAACUAAUGUAUGGAAAAAUACACAAACGACACCGCUUGUGAAGCAACCAUCCAGAUUUUGGGAAGCAGGAGAAUCGGGAAGAAGCCCCCCCCCCCCCCCCUUCAUCAUCAGCCUCUUAGUGAUCCCACUGCUGGGGCACAGGCCUUCUCUAUGGAUGGAGUAGGGAGAUUGAGCCAUGACCCACCACGCGGGCCCAGUGCGGAUUGGCGGGUGCUAACAACUGCAGAUGCAGCCGGAACUAACGGCUUAACGGAGGAACUCGAGAUAGAAAUUUUUGGUCACCCAUCCAAUGACCGACCACUGCGAAAGUUGCUUAACUACAACGAUCGCAGCCGAACGCGCUAACCACCUGCGCCAACGAGCUCCUCUUGAUGGAACAGAAUUAAGCGCUGAGAUAUCUCAGAAAGUGGUACUGGUACUUUUGGGAGAAAAUAAUUUUUUAAACAGAACCUUCAAGAGAACCGACAGCACCUAUCAUUUCUGACACUAUAUUGAAUGUACAUAAACUGUUAAGCUUAUAGUUAUUGCGCUGUAUUAUCUCCGUUGUUCACUCAUUGUGCACCUUCCAUCAUUUCAUCAAUAGUGCUUUUGAACUGAACUGUGUUACACUCAUUUAACACCCGAGACCCUCACGCAUAAUCCUUUAUCUGGUGACCUCCAUUGGACACAAUCAUGAGCAAUACGGAGAACACGAUCGUUGGUGUGAAUUUGAAUCCGGCGAGCGACGUGAAUCGAGUGAGUGUGAGGAUACCUUUGUUUUACCCAGAAAAACCGGUGUUGUGGUUUGCACACGACUCCAGAGCCAAUUUUAUCUGGCGAAUAUUACCAUCGACACCACGAAGUUCCACUACGCGAUCAGCCAGCUGGAUCCCGUCUAUGCGUCAGAGGUGGAAGAUAUGAUAUCGGCACCGGCAGGACCAAACAAAUAGGAGCGUCAGAAGGCGGAGCUGAUAAAACAGUUGUCUGCGUCGAGGGGGAAAAAGGGCAAUAGCGUCUGUAUCUAUUGCUUUACGCUUACAUUUAAAAAUAAUAGUAGUUUCAUUUAAAAUUAGCUAAGAAAGUAUCAGGAAGUACUUUUAGCAUUGGGGGCGAAGAAAAGCAAAGAGAAAUCAUAAAUGAGUUACAGAUGUCCUCUCUAAAAGAAAACAUGCUCGUAUCGCACAGAGGACGCAACAAAAUGGAAUGAAUGUUUAAACCCUUUGCUAUUUGAUUUUAUUACAAAAUGGAAUGGGAUUUUAUUAUUUACUAAUAAAAAAGAAUACACCUAAGGCUCGGUUUCAAAUUAGAAAUGAAUCUUUUUAUACUAGAAUACCUUGGUAUGAAACUAAAGUAAAUAUGCUCAAUGAACAUAAUCAAGAGUGGUUCACUGUAAUAAAGGAUAGAAUAGACGACCAUGGCUAUAUACCAGCAUCUCCCGGGUUUCGAAUGGGGAUGCUCAAUGCAGCAUCAACAACAGUAGGGCUUGUAACUUUAGCUGGAAUAGAGAUACCUAAUACCAUUAUUAGAUCUCUUAGGUCUAGCGAUGACUUCAUGACUAUCUUUGUUGCAUCAGAAAUCUCACAGUUAGCUGUUCUUAUUGGGCUAACUUAUAGUGCAUAUAGACUGUUUGGAAUAAAUCCGAGCAGGGAGAAAACCAUUUUAUUCCCUGAAUCAUACACCAAUGGAGAGUACAAUUGGUACCUAGAUAAAGACUUUGUGGGGCAAUACCAAGUAGAAACAAGUUCCCUAAAACCACAGGGGGAAAAUCCACAAGAUGAUUUUAAUAGUAUAGCAUUUAUUACUUUACAAUUAAUGCAAACACAUAUUAUUAAUGUUAUCGGAGCAAUAGUUAGAUUAUCAGUGGGUAUAGACAAUAUACGAAAGCUAUGGAACCAAAUUAAGAAAGGAGGCGGAAAGACAGUAAAAUAGUUCAAUGACCACAACUUCCUUAUUCAUUAUAAAAAGUUGGAAGCAGAAUGUAAAAAGUUUUUCAAAAAGAAAAACAACUGCUCCGCGCAAUAAAAUAUCUAAAAAUAGUAAUAGCGGGGCUACGCGCGUGAAAGUUUUACCAGUGAAAGUAAAGUGUUAUUGGAAUUCACCAGGAUUAUCGUUUGUGAAACAUUGGAUGGCUGGAUUGGCUUUAAGAUCAAUACGUCUAAUUAAUAAAAUGC